AUGGGGCCUUAUGCCUUUGCUAAGUUGUGUGAAAUUCUUCGAGGAACUGGCCGUCUUAAAGACACUAGGAAUGCUUCUAUUGAAGAGCAAGUAGCCAAGUUUCUUUACAUUUUAGCACAUAAUGAGAGAAUCCGUACGGUUUCCUUUUUCUUCCGUCGUUCUAAUGAGACCGUAAGCCGUUAUUUUCACAAUGUGUUGAGAGCAGUCAUCUACUUAGAAGAUCAGUUCCUUCUACAACCUAAUGGAGCAGAGGUUCCCCAACAGAUACGAAAUAGUCAUAGAUUUUACCCAUACUUUAAGGAUUGUGUAGGGGCUAUUGAUGGGACACAUAUUCGUGUAAAAGUGUCAGCAAAAGAUGCGCCUAGAUAUCGAGGGAGAAAAGAGUACACAACUCAAAAUGUAUUGGCAGCAUGUGAUUUUGACAUGAGGUUUACAUACGUUUUACCGGGAUGGGAAGGGAUUGCCUCUGACUCGAGGAUAAUUAAAAACGCUUUAAGUAGGGAAGACAAACUUAUAAUCCCUAGAGGAAAAUAUUAUCUAGUAGAUGCGGGCUUUAUGCUGAGAAGUGGACUUAUGGCGCCAUAUAGGGGUGUACGUUAUCAUUUAAAAGAGUAUUCAGCACGUGGCCCAGAAAAUGUUGAGGAACUAUUUAAUCAUCGACAUUCCUCUUUGCGCAAUGUCAUUGAAAGGACAUUUGGUGUGUUGAAGAAACAAUUUCCUAUUAUAUCUGGAAUGACAGAACCUUUUUUUCCAGUUGAUAUAGUUACUGAGAUUAUCUUGGCUUGUUGUAUAUUGCACAACUAUCUUAUGGGAGUUGAUCCGGAUGAAAGGUUGAUUGCAGAAGUUGAUCAAGAGAUUUCAAAUGAUGACAUACAUAAUGAAGCUAGAAACAGUAGAAAUGAUAGUGAUGCAGAUGCUAGAAGAGGAGCAAUAUUACGAACUAGUAUAGCAACUAGAAUGUGGAAUGACUAUGUAUCGCAUGAUCAAUAA